AUGACAGAUACAGCAAGCAAUCAUCAAGAUAGUAUCAUUGAUACUAAAGAACCCGAGAUGGAUCAUGGUUACGACUAUGAUUUGAUUAUUAUUGGUGGUGGUAGUGGUGGUAUUGCCUGUGCUAAAGCUGCCCAACAGCUGGGUGCAAAGGUAGCCGUGUUCGACUUUAUUCAACCUUCGCCACACGGAACAACUUGGGGAUUGGGUGGAACAUGCGUGAAUGUUGGAUGUAUUCCUAAAAAACUUAUGCAUACAGCUGCUCUCAUCGGAGAUCGAAUGGAAGAUAGUGCAGCCUUUGGUUGGAAAUUACCUGCUACUGGUCAUGGUGUUGAAAGGAAACCAUUGCACAGCUGGGAAGCUCUCGUUGAAAAGGUGCAAGAUCAUGUUCAUGGUCUCAACUUUAAAUAUCGAACAGAUUUAAGAAAGAGAGGAAUUACUUAUCACAAUUUGUAUGCCACUUUUGUGGACGCUCACACUGUUGUUGGAAAGAAGAGUGAUUCUGACCCAGGUAAAACCUUCACAGCAAGACGGUUUGUGAUUGCUGUUGGUGGUAGACCAUUAUAUCCAGAUAUUCCAGGUGCUAAAGAAUAUUGCAUUUCAAGCGAUGAUAUUUUCAGCAUGCAAAAGGAGCCUGGCAAGACACUUGUUGUUGGUGCUUCAUACGUUGCUUUGGAAUGUGGAGGAUUUUUGCAUGGAAUUGGCUAUGACACUAGUGUUAUGGUUCGCUCAGUGCCUUUGAGGGGUUUUGACAGAGAAUGUGCAGACAAGAUUGUUAACACGAUGAGUGAUCAUGGUGUUAAAUUCUUUCAACCUUGUGUACCACUUUCUGUCACCAAACUUGAUAGUGGUAGAUUAGCUGUAGAGUAUGUAAAUGUUGAAACAAAGGAGAAGAAUACUGAGGAAUAUGAUACAGUUCUGUUCGCUACAGGUAGAUAUGCUCUUACUAAGGCUCUCAAUUUGGAGAGCAUUGGAGUUAAGGUGGACAAUGUCGGAAAGAUUUUGGUAAAUAAGUAUGAACAGUCAUCAGUGCCCCACAUUUAUGCCAUCGGUGACGUGAUAUCUGGAGGAUUAGAAUUGACUCCUGUUGCUAUUAUGGCUGGAAAAUUACUCGCACAACGUCUCUUUAACUCGAGCAAAAGGGCAAUGGAUUAUGAGAAAGUUCCAACCACAGUUUUCACACCUGUAGAAUAUGGCUGUUGCGGUCUAACAGAGGAGGAGGCUGUUAAAAAAUAUGGCGACAAUCUUGUCAUUUACAAGAAAACAUAUUACGUUUUGGAGCAUGAACCACCAGCAAGAGAAGUUAAGGCAUUCACUAAAUUAAUUUGCAACGCUCUAGAUAAUGAAAGAGUGUUGGGUUUCCACUAUGUAGGACCAAAUGCGGGUGAGGUGACCCAAGGAUUUGCCGUAGCCAUCAAAAUGGGUGCUACCAAAGAAGAUUUCGAUGAUACUGUUGGAAUUCAUCCAACCUGUGCUGAAACAAUUGUUAAACUGGAGCAAGGUGUCACUGAAGACACAGGAUGCUGA